AUGAGGCGCUCGCUGAGCCAGAUUCAGGAGUCAGGCGGGGGCUGCGGCGGCGGUGGGGGUGGAGGCGCCAAAGCGGGCUCCGUGCUGCGUCUGCGCACCUUCGCGCGCUUCUUGAGCAUCGUGGCCUGCGGGAUGCGCGCCACUGAGCCGGGCCGGCGUCACGGGCCCGCGGCGGGGCCCGCGCCCGACCCGCGCUUGCUCUUCUUUAGCAUCGUCGCCUGCCGGUCACACACACCCGUGAGGCACUCGCUACUCCUACCCUACACCUACCUACGCGCGACUUUGCUUACGACUCAUUCGGCCUACGGCGGGUUGCCGUUGCCAACGAUACCUUUGAUUGCCCUGGUAAGGGCAAGUUGUUCCAGAUAA